AUGGCUGUGCACACCCCUCUGCCCCCCAACCUCCGCUGGGGCUUGGCUGUGUUCAGCAGCUCCCUCUUCAUCAACAACAAGACAUGGGACAGCGGCGCUGCCCACACCUACCACGCAGCCCAUGAGGUGCUGGCCAGCCUGCCCCUCCAGAUGAUGCUCUACUUCAACGUCUACUACUUCCCGGUCUGGUGCCUGGCUGAGGGGAUGAUGCUGCAGCUGAAGUACCACCUGCUGCAGUGGCACUACCAGUUCCUGCUAGUCGCUGCCUUCCUCAUCCUCUCACUGGCUGAGGGCUCCCGCCUCUACCUGGGCUACGUGGGGAACCUGCAGGAGAAGGUGCCUGAGCUGGCUGGGUUCCUCCUCCUCUCCUUCCUGAUCCAGCUCCCCCUCCUGCUCUUCCUGCUGACGGACAGCCACGUCAUCCGCCUGCCGCUCGAGAUGGCCGUGCACAGCCUUUUCCUGGCCUUCCUCGUCGCAGAGAUUGUGGCUGCUUUCCUUGCACUGAAGACCAUGACCAAGCAGCUGGCGGCACAGUUCUACCUGCGGCAGUUCAAGGAGGGCAGCAGGGGACGGCUGGGGCAGGGGGAAACAGCGGGGCAGGCGGCCGAGGAGGGGUGA